GUCCAAAUAAGGAGGAAACUAUUUAUGCUGAAGUAAAGAUGCAAAACGAAACACCUCAUGAAUCUUCUGACUCAAAAGGAUUCUGUAGAGCUUGAUUGAAUGGUAAGGAGGUAACAGCAGAGCCAUGGUAGGAGACAGAAGUACUCUGGCUGAAACACCGUCACUGUUAGACAAUGUGUCCCAUCCCAUGCAGGAAACUAUUACUCAAUGGGAAGCUGUGACAGACUGAUGCAUUGUAAUUGCACAAAGGAGAGGUACAACAGACCCUUUAUUUUAGCAGCUAAUUGACCUUACAACCAUCACUGCUAACAAAGCUCAAAAAGUCUUUUCAACCUUCCAGUUAUAUACACAUUUUUUCUUUUUGAAAUAAAAUUUCUGCUUUUAUUUGAACAUUUUUUUCAGUUUUUUUUUUCACCCUAACUCCACUUCUUGUAGUCUUUUGGGUUUUUUGCACUAAUAUAUAUGCACCUCUUGUACAAUUGUUCUCUUGAAAUUAAUUUAAUCUGACUAUGCUCUUUAAAAUCUACAGCUACUUUUCUCACGUUGAAAGUUUCUUUCCAAUUUUCUUGACAGUAAAUUGGAUCUUUUAUUCUCUAUUUAAUUACUGCUGCUUGGUGAAGAUAAACAAUUUUAUUCAGCAAGAAAACCUUUCACACAGUGUAUUGCUCCCAGGACUUUUAUCAGAGAAGGAAGCAGAAAGAAGACGCCGCUACUAUCAGAAGUUGUCUUGUUGUUUGGGGACAUUUUGUAUUAUAUUGGUGUUGGGAAUCAUAGGAAUCACUGUUUAUAAUGUAUGGUAUCAUCAAAAAGAGCUAAACGAGCUGAAAGAAAGCGGGGCAAAAAACAAAAACUUAACAGACCAGAUCAAUAACCUGACACAAGUCUCAGAAAGCAAGAUCCACAAUCUGAGGAUAGAAAACCAGGAGCUCAAGGAGAAAAACCAUAACCUGACUAAACAAAUCCAGGAUCUGGAAGGAGAAAAUAGAAACCUGAAGGAACAAAUAGACAACAUGACGAAAACACAGAAUGAGCUCAAUGUCAGUCAAGCUCAGUGGAGCAUUGAUGAAUACUGCCGUAAAGACAACAGGAGAAGGUGUGAACCUUGUCAAAAAGGCUGGCAACCUUUCAACUCCAAGUGCUAUGUAUAUAAUAAUGCAAAAGGUUCUAAUCAGAAAAACUGGGAUGAAGCACAGCAAGACUGUAAAAGAAAAGUUUCACAUCUUAGUGUUGUAGAUAGUCAAAAGGAAAAGGAUCAUCUCAAAACAAUUAGUCCUGAUGAAACAGGGAUUGAUGGAUACUGGAUUGGCCUGAGAGCUGAAGGAAGCAAAUGGAAAUGGAUUGAUGGAGCUGAGCUAGCUAACCAGGACUGGAUAAAAACAGCUGCAGUUGAUGGUCAGUGUGUAACUUGCCUAAAAAAAAAAUGGAAGUCAGUGAGCUGUGAGAAGAAGAAUGCCUGGAUCUGUGAAAAGAAUGCUUUAUCUGUUUAAUUGGUCACAUUAAUUAACAGAUAAUGUUUAAAUCUCCAAAGGACAUCAGGAAAUAUUUGAAUGUAAAUACAGGUAACCGAUUAGGACUAGACUUUUAUUUUGCUGUUUUCAUCUCCCAUAGAGAUUAAAAGUCUGUUUGUUGACAUCGGCUUACCCACAUAACCAGUUUUUUUUUUUUUUUAAUGUUUACAUUUUUAUAAAAUUUAUAAAUGUCCUGUUUAGCACAUUAGUACAUAUUUUAUGUGCCUAUCUUGUUUUUUUAUUGAAUUAUAUAGAAAUUAUGCAAGAAAAGAAAUGGUCUUAAUCUCUGUGUCUGUUAAACUUUAUAAAAUAAUGCUUAAAGUAAAACCCACUGAAAGAAAAACAGAACUAAGUCACAAUCAGUUGCCAGAUGUUGUAAAACGUAGACUCUUUGUUGUACUUCUUCUGUUUAUCCAGUUCUUCUGCUUUUAAACCUGACAUGUGCGUGCAUGGUUUUUCUCCUAUACAAACUGUAAGUGCUGAAAUGAGCUUCAACACAACCAGGAGCAGUGAAUGAGCUAAAUGAGAAAUUUAUGCAACAAAAAAAAUCUCUUAUUUGGAAAAACAUCACAUCUUGUGUGAAAGAGUUAAUCUAAAGUCUCACCUGUAAAUUAGCUGCCACUGUAAAUUAAGGCUCCUUUCAUGUUUAUGUCAUUGUUCUCAUUUUUCCAGCAACAGAAACCUGACAAUAUAAUAAAAUGCUGUAUAUGUUUUUCCUUAUUA